AUGGGUUCAUCAUCGGAGGACGAGGGGGAGGAGUAUUUGUUCAAAAUUGUGAUAAUCGGAGACUCAGCAGUUGGAAAAUCAAAUUUACUCUCUCGAUACGCCAGAAAUGAGUUUAAUAUGCAUUCAAAGGCCACCAUUGGAGUUGAAUUUCAGACGCAGUCGCUUGAAUUUGAUGGUAAAGAAGUUAAGGCACAGAUUUGGGACACCGCUGGGCAGGAACGGUUCCGUGCAGUUACCUCUGCGUACUAUCGCGGUGCCUUUGGUGCUCUCGUUGUUUAUGAUAUUAGUAGAAGGUCUACUUUUGAUAGUAUCUCCCGUUGGCUUGAUGAGCUCAAGACUCACACUGAUACAACUGCUGCAAUGAUGCUUGUCGGGAAUAAAUGUGAUUUGGAGAGCAUUAGGGAUGUGAGUUUGGAGGAAGGCAAAAGCCUUGCAGAAUCAGAAGGCUUGUUUUUUAUGGAGACGUCUGCAUUGGAUUCGACAAAUGUUAAAAAGGCAUUUGAAAUUGUUGUCCGAGAGAUUUAUGACAAUGUCAGCAGGAAGGUCUUGAAUUCGGAUUCCUACAAAGCCGAAUUAUCAGUCAACAGAGUUUCCCUUGUUAAUGAUGUCUCAAAUGGAUCAAAGCAGACUCAGGGAUCCUAUUCUUGUUGUUCCAGGUGA